CUUAGUUGUUUUACUGAAGGGGGAAAAGAAAGGUUUGAGCAUUUAGAUGGAAGGUGCAGAAGUAGAAGAAAGUUUGAAGGUGUUGGACGCCUCUCUUUCUCACAUCAAAUGGCGUCUUAAAUCCCAUUCUAAGCGCCGACUCCAAAUAGAUGUUCUAGCUUUGUGCUUCGAAAUGAGGCCAGUUGUGAUGAUUGACUAUGGUGGGAAGAUGCCUGAAUUGCAAGAAAAUCUUUGUUCAUUUCUCGAGCACAGUCAAAAGGCAUCGCCUAUUUUUGAACAGCUAAGAGUAAUGGUUAUAGAUGAUAUGAUAUAUCUGAUACACGUAAAAGAAAUGGCCAAGUAUGUGAGUUCAAGCUUGAGUUCAGAAGUGGAACUUCUAUUUGUGGAUCUAGACCAGGAUCCUCCCAAGAUGAUAACUCUAGAUGACAAAAAUUUACUAGGGAUGCAGCUUACGUCAAUUCAGAAAUUAUUCUCCUUGUAUUUUCCUCUUGAAGGAAUGAGAAACGAUCUCUUGCCACCUGACAGGACAGAACUCCAGGCAGAUUCCAAAUCCUCAAGUGAGCCAAUCGAUUUUCGGUCUUCUUUACUUAUCGAUCUUAGUAGCUGCAUGCAUGACACUGAAGUCACUGUGCCUACUAUAAACGGAUGGCUUCUAGGUUAUCCGAUAGUGUACUUGUUUAGCAAGGACCAUAUUGGAGAUGCUAUAUGUAACCUUUCCACCAAAUUUCUUCGUAUCUACAAAAUUUUGGUAUCAAGGCAAAGUACGUCUAAUAAAGAACCACACCUGGAGGAACUAAUGAGUUUUUCAGUGCCCUAUGAACUGAGCAUGAGAGGGAGCAAUGAGCCAUGGGCGAAGUCAUUUUUGGCUCGCUUGCAGUCGAAAAGGGAAAGAUGCAAACAUACUUGGAGCUCCUUGCGAAUGGAGGUCACCGAAUGCUACCCACAAGCAAUUGCAUUAUAGAAAAUGGUCUACUCUAAUGCCAAUCAAACCCUAGUUCCGGCAGGUCCCCGUUCAAUAUUUCUUCUUGGGAUUGAAUAUUGAUAGACUGGGUAGGACUAUAUAAUGUUUGAAGGUACAUGGUUCAUGAAAUUAAUGAUUACUUUCAUUUUGCA